CUUGGAAGCCUUGUCCUCAUCAUCACCCUCUCCAGCCUCGAGGAAGGCCUACAUACACUCACUCUGCCCGCUCGUCUCCCUACCUCUUCGUCUCGCGCACCAUGUCGCUGAGCAAAAAGAACGAAGAGGCUGGCGUCGGGUCCUUCUACCAGGACAAGGCGUCCGUGGUCCAAGAGGCUCGCGUCUUCAAUGAGACGCCAGUAUCCCCGAGGAAAUGCCGCAUCGUCCUCACAAAGGUCCUCUACCUCCUAUACACGGGAGAGACGCUCGCCAGGCAGGAAGCUACCACGCUCUUCUUUGGCUGCACCAAGCUCUUCCAGAAUCGCGAUCCUGCCUUGCGUCAGAUGGUCUAUCUGGCCAUCAAGGAGCUUUGCCCCUUGGCUGACGACGUCAUCAUGGUCACCGCAUCGAUCAUGAAGGAUAUGCAGCCUAACGUCGAAGUUGUCUACCGUCCCAAUGCCAUUCGCGCGCUCAGCCGCGUCGUCGAUGCGUCCAUGGUUCAAGGACUGGAGCGAUUCUUUAAGUCAGCCAUCGUCGACCGCAACUCGUCCAUUGCGUCUGCAGCUCUCGUCUCCUCGUACCAGCUCCAAGUAGGCGCUCGCGAUGUCGUUCGCAGAUGGGGCAACGAGGUCCAAGAGGCCCUCAGCGCCAAGUCAGGCAGCGGUGGUGGCAGCGGUGCCUUUGGGGCCGGCUUCGGCGGCAUGGGCAGUUACUUUGGCGGAGGAAGCGCCCAGCCUCAACAACAGAGCGGCUUCCAGAGCAUCCCUUCAAGCUCUUACAUUGUUCAGUACCACGCUCUGGGCCUUCUCUACCUCAUCCGCUCGGGAGACCGCAUGGCCGUCAUCAAGCUGGUGCAGCAGCUCGCUGGCGCCUCCGGUGGUGGUCGCGGCUCUGCUUCGAUCACGCUGCGCAGCCCCAUGGCCCUCUGCAUGCUCGUUCGCUACGCAGCCAAGAUCGCAGAUGACGACCCCAAUCUGCGAGGUGUCAUGCUGGAGCUCCUGGAGAACUGGCUCCGUCACAAGUCGGACAUGGUCAACUACGAAGCGGCCAAGGCCAUCUGCGAGCUGCGCGGCGUCACCUCGACUGAGCUGCAGAAGCCCAUUGCCAUCCUUCAGCUCUUCCUCUCCUCUUCCAAGUCCACGCUCAAGUUCGCAGCCAUUCGUACCUUGGCCAAGCUGGCCCAGCACCAGCCCGCUGCCGUCUCAAGCUGCAACGUCGACAUGGAGAACCUCAUCACCGACCCGAACCGCAGUGUGGCCACGUACGCCAUCACCACGCUUCUCAAGACGGGCACGGAAGCCUCGGUCGACAGACUCAUGAAGCAGAUCAGCACCUUCAUGAGCGAGAUCAGCGACGAGUUCAAGGUCAUCGUAGUCGACGCCAUCCGAUCGCUCUGCCUCAAAUUCCCCUCGAAGCAAGUCGCCAUGCUUGCCUUCCUCUCCGGCGUGCUGCGCGACGAAGGCGGGUACGACUUCAAGCGUGCAGUGGUGGAGGCAAUCUUCGACAUGAUCCGUUUCAUUGCCGACUGCAAAGAGGCGGCCCUCGCGCACCUCUGCGAAUUCAUCGAGGACUGCGAGUUCACCAAGCUCUCGGUGCGCAUUCUUCACGUACUGGGAGCAGAGGGACCAAAAAUGUCGAGUCCACAGAAGUACAUCCGCUACAUCUACAAUCGAGUCAUCCUGGAGAACGCAAUCGUCAGGGCAGCGGCCGUAAAUGCGCUGGCCAAGUUUGGAGUGCAGGACAAGGCGCUCAGUGCGAGGAUCGAGGUGCUGCUCCAGCGUUGCUUGGACGAUGUAGAUGACGAGGUCAGGGAUCGAGCGGCACUCAAUCUGAGGCUGCUGCGUGACACGAAGCUGGCACAGCGACUCGUUAAUGACGAAUCGUCGUUCAAGCUGCAGGACUUGGAGAGUAGGCUGCAGAAGUAUCUCAGCAAGGCCGGCGUCGCUACCAACGGUACCGGUGCAGACGGUGAAGUCGAAGGAGACGGCGAGGCAGUUGCAGGCCCGUCCUCAGCAGCCUUUGACGCGAGUAAAGUGCAGCGCAUCACCCGCGAAGAAGCACAGCAAGAAGCACUGCGCGCCAAGGCCGAAGCAGCGAGCAAGGUAGCCAUGGCCUCGCAGGGCGGCAGUGGUCCCUCCACGGCAUCCACCUCUGCGGCAGGCGCCGCCAGCAAUGCCCUUCCUGGCGCUGGAUUGGACGACGGCUCAUCAGCGGCUGCCACACGUGCCCACUACCAAUCGACCCUCUCCGCCAUCCCCCAACUCUCCUCGUAUGGUCCCCUCCUCAAGUCCACCCCGAAGCCCGUCGAGCUCACCGAGCGCGAGACGGAAUACGUCGUCACAGCGGUCAAGCACGUCUUUGCCCGCAAUGUCGUCCUCCAAUUCAACGUCACCAACACCUUGCCGGAGGUUGUGCUGGAGAAUGUGGCUGUCCUUGUCGGUGGAGCUGACGAAGCCGGACUCACUGAAGACUUCAUCCUGCCCAUCGGCUUGCUCAAUCAGGAGAAUCCGAGCGGGACGGUGUACGUUUCCUUUACUCGCACCGAGGCAGACGCCUACCCGCAAGGCCAGCUGUCAGCGACGUUGCGCUUCACGAGCAAAGAGGUGGACCCCUCGACAGGCGAGGCAGACGAGGAAGGAUUCGAAGACUCGUACGAGAUUGAGGCGCUCGAUCUCGGAGUGGCGGACUAUGUUGAGGGGCGCUUCUGUGACUUUGCAAGGGAGUGGGAGGACCUGUCCUCCUCUGGUGCGGAAGCGACGGAGACGUAUGCCCUUACUGCAGUUGCGAGCUUGAGGGACGCAUGCGAUCUGUUGGUCCCACUGCUCGGACUCAGCCCGCUCGGUGGGACUGAGGCGCCUAGCUCGACGAGUGUGCAUACGCUCAAUCUUGCGGGCAGCGUGGUGCUUGGUGCAGCGUCGGCGGGCGGUGGGGUUGAGAGCAGCAAGACGUUAGUGAGGGCGAGGAUGACCUAUAGUGCUGAGCAGGGCGUCGGGCUCGAGUUGGCUGUGAGAGCGCAACACCAGAGGGCAGUGGAUCUUGUGGCUAGUGCGAUCUGAGGAGGCGAGAUCGCGGAGGAGCAGCAGCAGCACG